AUGGCGGACAGGUUGACUCGUAUUGCUAUCGUCAAUAGCGACAAGUGCAAGCCCAAGAAAUGCAGACAGGAAUGCAAAAAGUCCUGCCCGGUGGUCCGUACCGGCAAGCUCUGCAUCGAGGUCACCCCCGAGUCCAAAAUCGCCUUCAUAUCCGAACGACUAUGCAUCGGGUGCGGCAUCUGCCCCAAGAAGUGCCCCUUCGACGCCAUCAACAUCAUCAAUCUGCCGACCAACCUCGAGACUCAGGUGACGCACCGCUACUCCGCGAACAGCUUCAAGCUCCACAGGCUGCCCAUGCCACGACCUGGACAAGUCUUGGGACUGGUGGGCACAAACGGUAUUGGCAAGAGCACGGCGCUGAAGGUACUGAGCGGCAAGCUCAAGCCGAAUUUGGGGAGAUAUGACAACCCACCUGACUGGGAGGAGAUCCUCCGGUACUUCCGCGGCUCUGAGCUCCAGAAUUACUUUACCAAGGUUCUCGAAGACAACCUCAAAGCCAUCAUCAAGCCACAAUACGUCGAUCAAAUUCCUAAAGCUGUCAAGGGGACAGAUAAAACGGUCGGCGCCCUUAUGAAAGGUCGCUCGCAGAUGGACAACAUGGACGAGAUUCUGGACGUCCUUGAGCUGCGACAAGUCCUCGACCGCGACAUCAACCUUCUCUCCGGUGGAGAGCUGCAGCGCUUCGCUAUCGGCACUACCUGUGUGCAGAAGGCUGAUGUCUAUAUGUUCGACGAACCGUCCUCAUUCCUCGAUGUCAAGCAGCGAUUGAGCGCCGGCAAGAUGAUCCGAAGCCUGCUUCGACCUGACGACUAUGUCAUCGUUGUCGAACACGACUUGUCAGUCUUGGACUACUUAUCCGACUUCAUCUGCGUGCUCUACGGCAAGCCGGCAGUAUACGGCGUGGUGACGCUGCCAGCCUCGGUGCGCGAGGGUAUCAACAUCUUCCUAGACGGCAACAUCCCCACGGAGAACCUUCGCUUCCGAGAGGAGUCCCUCCAAUUCCGCAUCGGAGAGGCCGGUGAAGAGUUCCUGGUCGACAGGUCACGUGGCUACAGCUACCCGAAAAUGACCAAAACGCUCGGCGGCUUCCACCUGACCGUUGAAGGCGGAACAUUCACGGACUCGGAGAUUAUCGUCAUGAUGGGCGAGAACGGGACCGGCAAGACGACGUUCUGCAAGAUGCUUGCGGGCGCCGAGAAGCCUGACGGAACGAAGAAGGUGCCUCAGAUGAACAUCAGCAUGAAGCCGCAGAAGAUUACGCCCAAGUUCCAGGGCACGGUGAGGCAGCUGUUCUUCAAGAAGAUCAAGGCUUCGUUCCUCAGCCCGCAGUUCCAGACGGAUGUCUACAAGCCGCUGAAAAUGGAUGAUUUCAUCGACCAGGAGGUCCAGAAUCUGUCUGGUGGUGAAUUGCAGCGUGUCGCCAUCGUCUUGGCGUUGGGUAUCCCGGCGGACAUCUAUCUGAUCGAUGAGCCUAGCGCGUACCUCGACUCCGAACAGCGUAUCGUAGCUGCCCGCGUCAUCAAGCGAUUUAUCAUGCACUCCAAGAAGACCGCCUUCGUCGUCGAGCACGACUUCAUCAUGGCCACCUACCUGGCCGACCGCGUCAUCGUCUUCGACGGCCAGCCGUCCAUCAAGUCACGCGCGAACGCACCUGAAAGCCUCCUGACAGGCUGCAACAAGUUCCUCAAGAGCCUCGACGUCACGUUCCGCAGGGACCCGAACUCGUUCCGGCCGCGCAUCAACAAGUACCAGUCACAGCUGGACCAGGAGCAGAAGUUGAACGGCAACUACUUCUUCCUGGAAGAAGAGGCUUGA